AUGUUAGAUGGUUAUUUAUCAAAUAAAAAAAUAUAUGAAUUAAUUUCUAAUGAUAAAUAUAAUAGGUAUGAAAAUGAAAUUAAGGGGGUAUUUGAAAAUAAAUAUAAUAAAAUAUUAAAUUAUUUGAGUUCAGAUAACAAGUAUCAUGAUAUUAUUUCAUUGAAACUUCAACAAUUUAUUAAUGAAAACUUAACUUUUAAUGAAUCGAAAUCGUAUUUUUUUGGUUUUUCUAAAGAGCUAUUAGUACACUGUUUAAAAGUUUAUUUUUAUGAAGAAUAUUCUAAAAAUAAAAAUUUUAACUUUUUAAAUAAUUUUGACGAAAAUGAAGAAAUACUUAUGAAGAAGAUUCAAGAUAAUAUUAACUUUGUUGAAAUGGAUAAAUUACAUCUAAUAUACUGUGAUGAAUAUUUUUAUAUAUUUAAAAAUAUUUUAUACGUUUUAAAAAAAUGCGAUAUAUUUUAUUUUUAUUUGAAUUAUAAAGUAGAAGAUUUCGCAUAUGAAAAAAAUUUUAUUUUUGAACUUUUUUCAAUAUUAGAGAAGAAAUUUAAUAUUCAUCAAUUAAUACAAAUAUAUUUUGAUACAUAUAAAGAUACUAAUAAUUAUUUUGAACUUAUAAAAGUAAACAAUUUAGGAAAUUCAUCAUGGAUAUAUAAAUAUAUUCUGUUAUUUCUGAAUAUACAAAUAUAUUGUAUUAAUAUUUUUUUUUAUUUACAAUUAAGAUUAAACAUAUUAUCAAAAAGCAAUUUUAAGUCGUAUUUAAAUAUUUUUUUAACAUUUUCAAAUAUUAAUUUGGCAAAUAACUAUGUUUACAGUGAUAUUAUUACAAAUACUCUUCAACAAAAAGAAUACUCAAUUAUAUUUCUAAUAAGUUCUUUAAGUAAUUUAAUAACCUUAGAAGAUAUAAGUAAAUAUGUAAAAUGCUCCUUGUCUAGCAAUUUAUUUAAAAUGUUUUUCUAUUUUAAAAAUGAAAAUUCUCCAUAUAACUUUGAACAGAAUAUACUAAUGUUAUCUCAGUGUCUGUAUUAUUUUGAUGAUAUUAUUAAAAAUUUUAUCUUUAUUAAUGACAAUUUUGUAUAUAAAAAGAUACUCUUAGAAAUUAUAAAUAACUCCCUUUGUAGUGAAGAAAAUUUAUACGAAAAAAAAGAGAAUAAUAACAAUAGCAUAAUUUAUGAAACUAAUGAAAUAGGAGAACCAAAAUAUAAAAAAAAAGAGGGAACUGAUAUGAUAUCACAUAAUAUUAAUACAAGUGAAGUUAAUAAUAAUAAUAAUAAUAGCAAUAUUCCAAUUUUUAAUUUUAAUAAUUCAGAAAACCCUGAUUAUUAUAAUAGUUACUCUAUAAGUGGUGAUAACGAUAAUCAAAGUUAUUCAGAUUCAGGAGAUCUUAAUAUUUCGUUAAUGAAAGAUAUCAAAAAAUAUAUAGAAAGAAAAGAAUUUUUUAAAAAAAAUAUCAACGUAAAUCUGUUUUUAAAAGUAUGUAAUUCGAUUUUUGAAAAACAAAAUUUUCUUUUGUUUAUGUAUGAUAUAAAAAAAGCUUAUAAAAAUGUUAAAAUAUGUAUAGAUUAUCUACAAAAUGAAUGUUUUCAAUAUGAUAUUUAUUCAUUGAAAUAUUUUUUUUAUGAUCAUGACUAUAAUAGCACUGAAAUUAUAACUAAUGAGAAAGAAAAGAAAAAAUUAUUAUAUCCAUUUAUUUCUAUUGAAAGUAAAAACAUUUUAUUAGAAAUUUCAAAUCUUUUUUUUUCUUAUGACUAUCUAAAAAUGUUUUCAAUAGAAAAAAAUAACGAAGAUAAAUUUAUUCACAGUAAUAGAAAAAAAAAUAAUGUAAACUAUCAUCCUAUAAUUUUACAUAAUAUGAAUAAAUUGCUAUUAGAAUUUUUUUACAAUAAAAUGUGCAAUUCGUCAAUUGAUACCUUACUUACUUUUAAUUAUAAUUUAUUAUCAAUAUAUAGAAUAUUAAAGGUACUUAUUGGAAACAAUUCAAAUUUAAUCAAUUUUAGUGAAGUUUGUAAAAUAAUAGAAUCACUAAAUGAAAAUCAUAAAAAUAAAAGUAUAAUAGAUUCAGAACAUAUUUUGUAUUAUAAAAUAUUGGAUGUUUUAAAGAAAAAAAAUAUAAAAAAAAAUGCAAUAUAUAUAACUUAUUUAGAAUAUUAUUAUAUUUUAAUUGACUACUUUUGUAAAUAUUUAUAUAACAAUUAUUGUAAAAAUAUAAAGAAUGAUUUUUUUAAGGAUAAUAUUUUUGCUUUUUUUAAAAAUAUAAUUACAUUCUUUUGUAAAAUUUUAAGCAUUAACAAGUGCUUUCACAUUUUAAUAGAAAUAAAAUUACAAAAUUAUUUUAAACUUUUUUAUGAUAUAAAAAAUAGUUUUGUCAGCAUUUAUACAUAUCUCUUUUUUUUCUCCUUAAAAUAUAAUGAAUUAAAAGCAUUAAAUUAUUCCAUAGUCAAUUGUUUGCUAUUUUUAUUAAAAAAAAAAAAUAUCAACAAGUUAAAUGCUUACAUUUUUCAAAUGUUUUCUUAUUUAGAACAAGAAGACCAAUUAAGAGAAGAAAAAAAGGAAAGUGAUGAAAAAGAAAAUCAAAUUAUUACUUCUAAAGAUGUAAAUAAUAAUACUAAUGACAUUAAUAACAAUUUCAGUAAUUGCACAUCACAAAAUUACAUAAAUUCUAAUAUCAAUUACAAUAGUAUAAUGAAUUUUAAAAUUGAAAAAGGUUUAUUGGAUAUAAAAGAAAAUUUCAGAAUUGACAUAUCUUUUUUAAAAAUAUUUUUUCUUUUAAAUGAUGUUAGAAAAACAGAUUUAAAUGAGUUAGAAAAAGAAGAAAACAUAUCAUAUAAAGAGGGUGAAAAAGAGAAUAUGAGUGUAUGUAAUUUAAGUAACAGUAUUAAUGAUAAAUAUGAAGAUAAUUGUAUCAGUAGCAAUAAUGAUUUGAGUUAUUUAUCAAACAAAAAUAAUGUUGAUAAUUGUAAUUCAUAUAGAAGUAACAUUCCUGACUUUUGUAAUAAAAGUGAUAGUAUUAGCUGUAAUGAAACAUGCUUUACUGGUGAUAAUAAAAAGAAUAUUAAUAAUAGUAAUUAUAACUAUUAUUAUUAUAACAUAAGCGAUUAUGAAAUGACUUAUAAUAAUAAUGUUAUUGAAAAUAUUAGUUUAGAAGAAAUUUUUGUGAUUACCCUUAUGCAUUUAUGUCAAAUUGAUAAUAAUUAUAAAUUUAGCUUUGUAAAUGAUUUAUUAAGAUUAUAUGAAGAAGAAAAAAGAAAAAAAAUUUACUCAUGUACUGAAAUAAUUUUAAAAUUAUUUAAAAAAAUUAUGAAAAAAGGAAAUAGUAUAUAUUUUUAUUUUAAUAUUUGUAAAUCAUUUCAAACAAAGAUUCGUCAAAUAUUAGAUAGUAUUAAUAUAUUAAUAAAUAAAUGGGUAAAAUGGACUUUUAAUAAUUGUGAUGAAACUUUUAAAAAAGAAAAAGACAUAAAUGUAAAUGAAUUAGUUAAAUUAUUUUUUAUAUCUUAUUAUAAAUACUUAAAAAAUUAUUUUUUACAGGUAGAUAAUUUUUUUAAUAAUUGUAACUUAUUAAAUAGUAAUAACUAUUUACAUGAUUUCUUAUUUUUAAUUUUCUCAAAAUAUAUAAAUAAAGUAUUUAUAGAUAAUUUUUCAUCCUCAUUUAUAUUUAAAUUAUCAAAGUUUUCUAUUUUAAAUAUAUGUAUAUCCAUCAUUAACUAUAUGAUAAAAGUAUCAAAUAAUAUUAACAUUCAAAGAAUAAAGGAAAUUAAUUUUGAGUUUAAUUCUACUUUAUUAAUGCCUGAUAUAAUAGAAGAAAAUUUAGAAAAUAAAAAUAUUGAAAAUUAUUAUAUAGAGAAUUAUGAAAUGGAAGAUAAAAUAAAUGAAUUAUCUGCAAAAUAUACAAAUCAAGAAGAUUCUACAUAUUAUAAUUUUAUGAAUAAUAUAAUAAUAAAUCAUAAAACAUUAUUAAACAAAUCAAGUUCAUAUAUAAAAAAAAAAGUUAAUAUAUUUCAAAUUGAAUCAAAUAAUAAUGAAAUGUUACAUAAUAAUUACACAAUAGAUUAUCUAACUGAUAUUGUAUUAUUAGAAAAAGAAAAUAAUAAAAAAGAAAUUAAUAAUAACAAUAACAAUAAUAAUAAUAAUAAUAAUAAUAAUAAUAAUAAUAGUAUUAAUAAUAAUAAUGUUGUAAAUAAUAAUAAUAUAGAAAAAUUAUUUAAUCCAUCAAUAAAAAAAUUUAAUAUAAACGAUUUAUCAACUAAUGGAAAUUCUUUAAAUCAAAUGUCAUCAUUUUAUAAAAAAAAUAACUCUAACAAAUAUAAUUUGACAUUUUUAAAAUUUUUUUUUCAUAUAAAAAAUUUAUUAAAAAUUAUUUUUCAAAAUAAUUAUGUAUUUUUUUUAAGCGAUUUACUACUAAUGAAUUAUGAACAAAAAGGAAACCAAAGCAUAUUUAAAUAUAAUUUUCAUUUAUCUGAUUUUUAUAAUUCCAUAUUUAAUAGUUUUAUAAACGAUUUUAAUAUGAAUUAUUUCAAGAACAAAAAUAUUAUCUCUUAUUCUAAAGGAAAAAACAGAAAAACUUAUAAACAAAUUAUAAAUCGAAUUUUAUUAAUGUAUUCACUCUUACUAGAAAUAUGCUAUAAUUUUACAUUUGUUAAAGAAGUUAAUAAUAUUUCAAUGAAUAUUGCAAAUCAAAUAUUUUCUUUAUUUGAUACAUCUCAUCUUAUAUUGAAUUUAUUUUCAAAAACGUCAUUUGAUUUUAUUCAAAAGAAUGAUAUUGUUAGUAAAGCUAUAAACUAUGAUAUUUUAAGUAUAGAAAAAAGACAUUCUAAUGAAAAAAGAGAAAUUUUAAGUAUAUCCUUACUAUACUUCUUCUUGCAUGAUUUUAAGAACAUUUCUAUCUUAUAUGAAAACUUAAAUAAGUAUUUUAAAUUGAAUGACUAUAACAAUAUUUAUUUUCUUUGCAAAUACAGUAAAGGUUAUAUGCCACUUUCAUAUAUCUUAAAGUUACUCACAGACAAAUUGUUAUUCUAUUUUAAUAAAAUAAAAGGAUUGAAUUCUUUAAAUUUAAAAUUAGAAUACACAAUAAGAAGCUUUAAAUUGUUAAAAUUCUUAUAUUUAUUUAUAAAAAAUAAUGAUUUAAUCUGUCUAUCUAUCUAUGAAGAUCUUUUUAAUGUAUUAUUAUUUAUAAUAAGAGAUUAUGUAAAUAACGAAAAUUAUGAUUCUUAUGAAUUAAAAUCAUAUAAAUUUAAUGAAUUAAAAAUUUUAAAUCUAUCUUUACAUUUUAUAAAUUCAAUUUAUUUGAAUUUAUUUAAUGACAAUGGGAAUAAUGUUGAAAAAAAAAAAGAUUUUUGGGAAAAUAUAGAAAAAAUAUUUAACAUAUUUAUAAAUAAAUCACAAAAAAAUAUUUUCUUUUUUUCCAACUCUUAUGAAAAAAUUUCUUAUAAUAAAGAACUAAGAAAAGAAAUAUAUAACUAUUUAUAUAAUUUAAAUAUUGUUAGUGAAAUAUUCGAAUUAAUAAUUAAAGGAAUAUAUAUAAAAGACACUUUUACAAAUAAAUUAAUUAUAUACAUUUGUUAUGAUAAAAAUAUAUGCAAACUUUUUUUUAAUAUAAACUAUAAGAAUUUAAAUGAUUUAUUGUAUAAUUACUUAGAAUUGCAUAAAAAAAAGGAAGACGAUGCAUCUAAUUUGAAAAAUCUUUUAAACAGUAAAAAAAGCAUACUUAUUGAAAAAUAUACUUUAAUAAAUGAUGAUUUGUUAAUUGAAAAUAUGCUGCAAAUAUUACAUGAAAAGAAAAUAGAUUAUAAGUAUAUAAUUAAUAUAAGUGAAAAUAAAGCAAAAAAAGAUUUGGUAAAUGAAAGCAUUUUUGAAGAAAAAAAUGAUUCAAUAACUAUUAGAAGUAUAUUACAAAAUAAAAUAGAAUUAUUAGAUAAUGAUUAUGUUAGUGCUAAGUUUUUUGAAGAUAAAUCAAAACUAUACGGUGAAAAAAAUUACUUAUUUGAUAUAAAAAAUUAUUAUCACUGUAUAAAUACUACUAUUAAUAACUAUCAAGAAAAUUCAUAUAUUAAUGAUAUACACACAGAAAACCAAAAUAUAUUUAGUGAAAACAUAAAUAAUGAUAAUGAAUAUGAAUCAGAUAUAAUAAGAAAAAAAAAAAUUGAUUCCAAUGUUUUAAGAAAUUUAGAUAAUAUUUUUCCAGACUCUAAUUCAAAUAGUUCAACUAAUAAAAAUGAAUUCGAAUUUAAUAUGAAAAACAAUUACAUGAACAUUAGUAAUUCAAAUAAUAGCCUUAAUUCAAUAAAUAGAAAUUCUUGGAAUUAUAAAAAUGAUAGUUUGAAUUAUGAUUAUAAAGAAGAAAAAAUAGAAAGAAAAAAAAGGAAAAGAAAAGAAAAGAAAAAAUAUAUAUAUUUUGACAAUAAUGUAUCAAAUAAUUUUUUUUCUAAUUAUUUUAAAAAUGAACUAAAAUGCAUGAAAUACAUAAACCUAACACAUAGUACUUAUGAUAGUAAAUUUCGAUUGUUAUUACUUUUAUAUAAAUUUAUAAUUAUUAUUAAACAUAAAAAUUUAUUUGAAGAUGAGAAUUAUCAAAAAGAAGAAAAGUGCUAUUUAGAAAAGCAGAAUAUAGAAAGCAGUUCACCUUUUCUUUUUUUUAUAUAUGAAAUCAUGAUAACAUUUAUGACAUCAUCUAUAUACAUAAAUCAAAAUUCCCUCUUUUAUGUUAUAAUUACCAAUAUUUUAAUAAACUUUUUUUCUUUUAUGAGUAUGAAAGACUAUAAAGAAUAUAAAAAGAAAAAUGUUUUAUAUGAUAAUAAUAAUAAUAAUAAAGAUAUAGAAAAAAAUAAAGACAAUUUAUCUAAUAAUAAUUAUAAAAUCUUUAUCAAUAACAAAAUUCAAUCUAAUAAUAAAGAAAAUUUAAAAAAUAAUGAUAAAAAUACAAUAAAUAAUAAUGAUAAUAUUGUUAAUGAAAAUGAGAAGGUAAAAGAGUUUUAUCAAGGUAUUUUUUUUUGUGAUCUAUUUAUUGAUGAAUCAUCUAUUAUUAGCAUAAAAAAUAGAAAUGAUAGUUUUAUUUUUGAUAUUUUACAUAAUAUAUCUAAAAGAGAUAUUGAGAAAUAUAAUUUUAUGAAAAAUUCAAUUCAUUUUAGUGAUAUAGAUCAAAAAGAUAAAUCGUUGUUUAUAAAUAAAUAUGAAAAUAAUCCUGAAAAUCAAAAUAACCUAAUAUACAAUAUGCCUAUAUUUUUUUCCCUUUUUAUCAGAGCUAUUAAUAUCCAUUUACAUUUUUUUAAAUUUUAUAAUAAAAAUAUGUAUAUUUUAAAGAAUUACAAUACCUUAUAUUUACCAAAUUCUAUUUUAAAAUAUAUCUACCCCACAAAUCAUUUUAAUAUUAAUUUAUUUGUCAAUUUAUUAGAAUUAUUUUACGUUACUAUUAGAAUUUAUAACAAUCAUUUUAUAAAAUUAAAUAAAAGUUUUUCUAGAAUUGGCGAAAAUGAAAAUAGAGAAGAUAUAGGAAGAGAUAGCAAUAUCACACUUUUUAUAAAUCACGAAAAAAUAAGAAAUAAUGUAAAUGAUAAUGAUAAAGAUGAUAAUAGUAAUAAUAUUGAUAAUACCUCAAAUAAUAUUAUAAAUAGUUUUAAUGAUAAUAAUGAUUUCACAGAAAAAAAUUUUUUUGAUAUUUACAUAACAACGUUAAAAGAAGUAUUAAAGGAGUGUUAUGAAGCUCAUCAUAUUAAUAUGAAGAACGAAGAAAAUAUACGAAGAUCCUAUUUUCUUGAACAUAUGUUUUUAUAUUUCUUAUAUAAUAGAAUUAAUACUAUUUAUGAAUUAUUUUAUUAUUAUUUUUUUAAAUGUUUAAAAAAAGAAAAAAGAAAUAUCUUUGAUAGUAUCAAUGAAAAAAUAUAUAAUUUAUUAGAGAAUAUUAUUUAUGAUCAAAUUAAUAAAAUAAAUCACUUUCUAGAGAAUGAUAAAUAUUAUUAUUUUUAUAUAAAUACAUUAACGUUCAUUGCCUUAAAUAAGAAUGUAUGCCUACAUAUAAUUAAGAAAAAUAUUUUGACAAAGUUAAUUUAUGUACCUUUAAUUUAUCAUUCUAUAUUCGAUAAAAAUAAAAGUUUUAGCUCUAUUUAUUAUCUAAGGGAUGAUCAAUAUAUAAGAAAUAAAAAUCAUAUAAUUUUUUGUUCAUUGAUUGUUUUAAUUAUUAAAUUGCUGUAUAUUUUUGUUAAAAAUUUAAAAAAUGUAAAUAAAAAUUCAGACUUUUAUUCUGAAUCAUCCAUUUGUGAUAUUAAUAAAAAGUUUGAACAUAAUAAUCAAAAAUAUAUUUCACACAUAAAAGAGAUUAUGAGGAAUAGAGAAUUUUCUCAUUAUGAUUCAGAAUGUAAUGAAGAUAUAAAAGAAAAUAAUAAUAAACUAUGUAUUGAUAAUGAUAAAAAUAAAAAUGCAAAUGAUGAAAACUACUUAAAGAAUAAAAGCCAAAUGAAUUGCACUAGUCAAAGUAAUAAUAGAAAAAAGGAGAAAAGAAACAACAAACAAAACAUUUCACAGGUAAAUUACGAAAUUGAAUUUUUUCUAAAUUCUAUUUUAAAUAUUAUUGGAAAAUUAACCGACAGAAUAAAUUUUAUAUUUUUAAAAAUUGAAAAAAUUAAUUGUCUAGCUAUAUUUGAAGAAUCAUAUUUAUAUGUUGAACUAUUCACAAAAAUUUCAUAUUAUUGUAAUAUAUUUAAUGUUAAUAACUUUCUUAUUUCAUUAAUGGAAAAAGGAGUUGAGCACCAUUUAUUUUAUAUUAAUAGAAUAUUAGAAAAAUUUAUAUAUGAGAAAGAAGUUUUUAUUGAAGCAUAUAGCCCAUAUGAAAUAAGUGCAUCAUCAAAUAUAUCGAAUAUUAAAGAAAAAAAAAAAAUGAAAAAAAAUGAAUUAUCUUUAUUUACACAAAGAGUAUUAUAUAUAUGUUAUAAAUCAAUAUUAAAUUAUAAUACAAUACUACUGAAUAUAAUACAAACUCCUUAUUUUACUUAUUCACAUUUUGUUAUUCACUUGUAUACCCUUUUAUUAAAAUCAACUAGAUUAGUUACCAAUAUUAUUGAGCAUUUUGGAAGAAAAAAUACAACCUUAAUAAGAACAAUAAAAGUUAAUUCAAGUUUAUCAUACGUCCCAAUAUGUUUAGAUAUAGUUAAUACAAUGAAAGAAAAAAAAAAAGAAAAAAUUCAUUACACAAGAGGUGCUGUAAAAUCUAGUUUCAGUUGCUAUCUGAGUGAUAGUAAUUCUUACAGUGACGAUUCAACUUACUCAGGAGAAAUAAUUCAUUACAACAGAUCAAUUGAUGAAUAUAUUAAUACAAAAAGAAUAUAUAAAAAUGAUUAUUUGUUUAAUUUUUUACCUGAAAUGAUUGAAUUGAAAGUUUAUUAUAAUAUACUAAAAGAAAUUCUUGAAAGAAGUGCAUUUUUGGGUGCAUUUAUUUUGGAUAAAUUAAGAAAUUCAUGUGAGGAUUCAUGUUUAAAACAAAUUUUAAUUAGCAAUGUUUUCUCUUAUUUGAUACAUAUUAAUGCUACACUUUUACCUUCAAAUAUAUGUACAAAUAAUUUAAAAAAAAAAUGCACACUUAUUUACAAUUAUGUUGUUAAUAUACAUAAGAAAUGA